CAGUAAUUUGACAACCAUAGAAUAAUGCGUUGUGGAUACACAAUAUCAAAUUAUAGUCACUUCCCAUUUAGUUUCAUGGACAAUUUUUGAGAUACAAAAUCUGCCUGAAAUCCUCCACCAUGAUCACUGUAUCCCCAAUAUUCUUCCUUUGUCAAAUUACCAUCUCAAUAUCAGAUGACACCAUCAUGACCAGAAUGUGACUUCACUUAGUACAGUCCCUUCCAUUUACAAUAUUUUAUAUAUGUUACCCUCACCGAAAUUGUCUCACUUGAUGAGGACAAAAUCAAAGAUUGACAGAUGAUCAUCUACAUUUCGAUUUUAAUAUCCAAUUAUCCUCAGUGUUUUGUAUAUCAUACAUCAAAAGUAACUUGAUUGUUGGUUGUAUUUCUUUGUACUUCGACGAAUUAAAAUCGUCGAUAGUAAUAUACUCCAAAUUCAGGGCAUGAGGUUUAUUGUUAGAAGUUAGUGCAUAGUAACAUACUCAAAACUUUGGCGAACAAGGGCUUGUUCUAGUGUUAAUACCACUAGUCUUGAACUUGAAGAUCUUAAGUUCGAAUUUUUUUAAUAACUCCUCAAUAUAAACUUUGUUAGAUUUAGAGUCUAGAUAGAGAUAUCGUACUAGGAGUAGUACAAGUAUAUGUAUAGUCCAGAAAUAGAGCAUUCUCACAAUAUACCGUUAACCACCAAAUAAAGCACAUUGCAUUCCAGCAUAUAAUCAUAAUUAAAUAAUAUUCUCUGCAGAAAAAAAGUGGCAGCGGGAAAGCGAAAGAAAGAACGGAAUGGAAACCUCCAGGAACUAACUACGCAAUCAAUCUCUCGAAUCCAAAGAUGCCUGAUUUUCUCUCUAGCUAAAUCAUCAUUAGAUGAUGAUUGACACCUAAUUAGCUUUUCCAAGCCUUUUUCUUCUUCUUCUUCUUCUAGCUAUUGUAUUGUAUCCAAACUUUAAGAGGAUAGAUGCAAAACCCAACAAAUUGUUCAUUUGCAUGCAAUUACGAAUUCCCACAUUCCAAUUGUUUACAUUUGUACAAGGUUGUCAAACCGCGGGUCGACCCGGACCCGGACGAGCUAGUGGGUCAUGGGUCAAUGGGUCACCCGUUUUAGCCCGGUUUAGCCCGGAAAUAUGAAAAGAGUCAAUAUAUUCUAUUUAUAUCAUGAAUCCAACAUACGGUUGCGAUGAUUCAUUGCCGGAUGCCAUUCUCAAAACCUGAAUAUCACAAAAUUGUAUUAAACUAUAGUUAUACGAAAGAAAAAAAACCAAUCUAAAAUUCUUCUUCCACAUCAACAAUCCCUAACUAACAAAUAACAAUUCAUUAAUUUAACUUCUCCACAUAUCUAAUUCGCGUUACCACCUGCCAAAAGGUUCCAAACAUUCAUCAAUUAAUAAAAUCAACCAAACCCUUACAUUCAUGAAAAAAAAAACCAAACCCUUACCAAUCAGAGUUCGAAUAUCAAACAGAGGGAGGAGGUCGAGCUGAGGCAGAGGAAACUUGAUGGCGGCCAAGCUCGAGCUGGAGAUGGCGACGAGACCGACCCGACCUGAGGCAGAGGAAACUUGAUGGCGGCCAAACUCGAGGUUUCGAGUGGUCGAAGGCAGAUGGCGGCGCUCAAACUCAGAUUGGUCGGAGGACAGAGCUCGAGCGGCUGUGGGAACGGAGCGGGAGCUAGUUGCCGCCGACGAAGAGGAACACGGCCCGGCGAUGGCGAUCGAGCGGCGCCUGUGGGGUGUGGGGCAGGGCUACGCCGCGGGUUGGAGAGGAGAGGUCGUGCGAUGAAGGAAUGGUAGGGUUUUUUAUUUCAGACCCUGCCCUCCGCCUUCUCCCGGCCAAAACGUCGCCGCGCCAGUCUAAAACGCAGCGUAAGGAGACGAACCAAGUGACCCGCUCUGGACGGGCGAACCGCCCGGGUUAGCCGGGUUUGACCGGGUUUUCCCGGGUUUGACCAGAUCCGGGCUGACUGUUCAAAGGGUUGCAUUGGCCCGUUUUUUGGGGCGGGUCCGGGUCAAUCCGGGUUGACCCGCGGGUCGACCCGCUGGUUGACAACCUUGCAUUUGUAUCAAACAACUUUGAGAUAUCGAGCAAAUUCCUUCUUGUAGGCCGAGUGCUUAGCAUUUCUAGGGAGGUAGAAUUUCAAAACUGGAAAAACAUCUUUCAAUACUUACGAUAGAUUCAGAGGAUUUCUUCCCAUUUCCAGCUCUUGUUGUAUCCAUCCGUACAGAAGAGUAGAAAAGUAGUUUUGGAAGGAGGAAACGCUUUGUAGAGAUUACUCUGACAGUCUGACGAGAUGUUGUAGGGAUUUGACUUUUGAGAACCAAGAAGAAGAGAAGACGGAGGAAUUAAACUAAACAGCUCUCUAUUUUACUUGGUUACUUUCUUUACUUAAUUGAUUGGGCCGGAUUGGACCGAGUCACAUAACUUGCAAAGGCUGGCUGGAUCUGUAAACAAGGCCAACUCACUCAAGGAUUGAGGGACUAGGCCCACUCUUAAGUCUUCACUUCUGUCUCAAAAGUUGCAGUCUUGCCGUCUAGGGACUAGAUUGUAUUGCUAUCGAUAUCAAACAAGUUUGGAACCCCGCCGUUGGCCGGUUGGGUCCCAUUUAAUUAUUUUUUAUAAUAAAAAAUUAUCCACUUUGAGCCAAAAAAAAAAAAAAAACCACUAUCCAUCUAUACUGCUUAAUUAGGGGCUUGAUAUUUGCUGCCAAACAAAUUGCUAUUUGCCGCAAAAAAAAAGUAUAUAUGUACAUCUUUGGUUAAGGAGUUUCACAAUCUACAACAUAUCCAACUUUCAGAAAACGUAUUGAAUCAUAAAAAAUCGACGCUCGCCGGAAAAUCAUCGGGAAAGCCCAUCCUCGACGUAAACUGCGGACAUGCAUCCAUGAAUCAUCACUAAGCAUGUGCGUCAUUUUUUUGUAGUUUGAACAAUUUUUCCGACGAUUUGCAACGAACAGAAGGUGGGCCGAAAUUUUCCGGCAGCCGGAACCUGGCCUGGCCGGAAAAUACUUUCGGCUCGGCAGCGUUCCGGCCGUAAUUUUUUUUCGGCCCGCUGUGUUUUUCGCCGGGAAACUGGAAAACUUGCCGGAAAAAGUAAACUUACUUGUUUUCCGACGAUUGAGGGCGACAGGAGGUUGGCUGGCGACGGAGGCACUAGGCUCGUCAACAGAAGUUUUUGUUGGAAUGAGUCAAAUGUUAAUUGGUAUCCGAAUUUAUAGAAUGCUUGGAAGGGAAAAUUCAAAUUUUGAAUUCAAAUUUUUUCCUUUUUUUAGUUGGUGGCAAAUAGGAAUUUGGUUGGCGACAAAUAGCCGUUCACAUUAAUUAUCAUCAUACUUCAACUAUUUUGUGUACAUUUUUCAAAAUAUACUUGUGAUGUUUCAUGUAGCCAACUAUAAGUUUAUGUAAUAAAUAAUUUUAUGUUUUAUGAGAGAUUAACUUGUAUGUAUCAGGCAAUUUAUCAAUUAUACACUCAAUAAUUUUUGAAUAAUGUUUAGUCAUUGACGUAUGAAAUACACGUUUCAAAGUGAA